AAGAUCUCUCCGUGUCUCGCCCUGCUUUCUGCAGGGAGAGGCGUGAGGGGCCAAUUUCAAAACAACAAAACACAAUUGAAUUCAAUUUUGAUUUGAAAUGGAAGAUCAAGCUGCCAUGAAGGCCAUUGUGCCCCAACCCACUAAGAAACCCACAAAGAAGCGUGGGCCAAUGUCUAUUUUCAAGGCAGCCUUGUUCAUGGUACGACGUAAUCACAGCAAAAAGAAAGCUCCGGUGGCUGUCGACGUCGCCUCCAACGCCAUGAAGCUCGUCGGCUCCAUGCGCCCUCUCCACCUCCAGGAGAGCAACUCCCCGCCUCAGCCCCGCAUCCAUGUCUCCAUCUCCAUGGACAACUUCCAGGACGUCUACCCGCCGCCCAUCUCCCCCAGCGCCGCCUCUUCCUCCGGCAGUUCCAUCGACGGCAUGAGCCGCUACGCCUCCGCUCAGAACCUCCAAGAACUCGGCCGCUCCGACGACGACGAUGUCUGGGGUGACGGUGGAGACGAAAUGAUCGACAUCAAGGCCAAGGAGUUCAUCGCUCAGUUCUACGCGCAGAUGAGGCUUGAACGCUUGGAUUCCUUCAAACGUGCCACGGGCUAAUACACGUAAAUUCAUGCAUGCAUGAGGGCGCACGUACGUCGGUUUCAAGUCUAUUUUUUCCUUUUUCUUUUUUUCUUUUUUUAAUUCUCUCUUAUUUCCAAUUUUACACUUUUCAAGCCAAUGGGGUUAAGUAACUUAAGUUUCACUUGUCUGAUGAGAAAUGAAGAAGUACGAGGACGAAGAAAUUAAGGGGAGAAAUAAAGAAGAAAAAAUAAAAAUAAAGCAAAAGCAGAUAUCUCUGGGUUCGUGCUAUUUCAGAAAUAAAUUAUAUUAUUUAAUUAUUUAUUUAAACUUUUUUGUAAUUUGUAGGAUUUGUUUCUUCUAAUGAAAGAAAGAACAUUAGGCUGGGGAAGCCGUAUAAUGUGAGGCUGGAUUUUUCCCCUCAUUUUCUUGGGCUUUAUUUUUUAUUUUUUAUUUCCUUUCUCUGUAUAUUUUUCCAUUUGUCUCCUCUUACUUUUUCUGUUCUGUUCUCAUGCAUUUUCAUGCGGACAUCAGAAUUGAAUAAAUAUUUUAUGGAAUUUUAGCAA